AUGCAAUGUGGGCGACGCUUCUCCCCGCCAAAACAGCCCGCAUAUGCCUUCAAUGCGACCUCGGGCGUCUGCGAGAUUCCCACCGCCCUCCCACCGACAACCUGGCAAUUUGUGCCCGCGAGCGAUUAUCUUUCCUUCACGCCGCGCAAGUAUGCAUGCAUGAGCCAGUGGCCGCGGGACGACUGGCGCCGGCAGCUCGUCACGCUGUUCCUCAUCUCAUGGUGCGUCGCGCAUGUUCUGCAUCCCCACCCGUCCAGGAACACUUCUAACACCUGGGCCAGGCUCUUCGCCAUCAUCCUCUACUUCGUCUUCGCCACCCUGUCCUACGUCUUCGUCUUCGAUAAAGCUACCUUAAAACACCCCAAGUACCUGAAAAACCAGAUCCGCCUCGAGAUCAGGCAGGCCAGCAUCGCUUUCCCCGUCAUAGCUGUACUUACUGCUCCUCUCUUCCUCCUCGAGGUCCGCGGAUACUCCAAGCUGUACGAUACAACUGCCGAAGGACCGGGCUUGUGGUACAACUUCCUUCAGUUCCCCUUAUUUCUCUGCUUCACGGACUACUGCUUCACGGACUACUGCAUCUACUGGAUCCACCGAUACCUGCACCACCCGUUGAUCUACAGACGCCUGCAUAAGCCGCACCACAAGUGGAUUAUGCCAACUCCAUAUGCCUCCCACGCCUUCCAUCCCCUGGAUGGUUUCGCUCAGGGCUUUCCGUACCACAUGUUUCCCUUUAUCUUCCCACUUCAGAAGUUUGCCUAUGUCGUCCUCUUCAUCUUCAUCAAUUUCUGGACCAUCAUGAUCCAUGAUGGCGAAUACAUCGCGGACAACCCCAUCAUCAAUGGCGCUGCUUGCCAUACGAUGCAUCAUCUUUACUUCCACUUCAACUAUGGGCAAUUCACCACGCUAUGGGACCGCUUGGGCGGAAGCUACAGGAAGCCAAAUGACGAGCUGUUCCGCAAGGAGCUCAAGAUGUGCCAGACGGAGUGGAGCAAGCAGGUCAAGGAGACGGAGAAGGUCGUCAAGGAAAUAGAAGCUGAGUAUGAUCGGACAUAUCGGGGCGACGAGCCAAAGAAGGUUCGCUGA